CUGUGGGACGCGGCGCUUCCCUGUGGCACACACACACACACACACUUUCUCUCUUCUAAAACGAUGUUGUUUGAAGCUAAAAUUUACCCCCAGGUUGGAGGAUACGGACGCUACAACCGGCUCGUUGCGGUUUUCAGCUGGUUCCCGCACUUCGCCGUGGCUUUAAACCUUUUCUGUGAUAUUUUCCUCACGCUCGUACCGGAGUCGUACCACUGCCGGGCGGAUCCGGAGUUACUGCCCGCCGCCUUCCUCCUCAGCAACGUCUCCACACAGACUUACCUCAACUUCACCGUGCCGUGGCUCAACGGCUCCGGACUGAGCCACUGUGAGCUUUACAAGUACCCGAGGAACUGGACCAACUUCACCGACAGGGCGCACAGGACGCGGGUGCCGUGUACCAGGGGCUGGUGGUAUGGGAAAGCCGCCGGGCUCCAGAGCAACCUCGUCACUCAGUGGAACUUGGUUUGCAAGGACUACUGGAAGAUUCCUCUGCAGCAUGUCAGCUUCAUGACCGGCUGGAUCCUCGGCUACGUGCUGUUCGGCACUCUGUGUGACUGGUUAGGUCGGCGUCGGGCUCUGCUGAUCUCUGUGUCUUUCUCAGGCGUGCUCGGAGUCGCUGUGUGUUUCUCCAACAGCUCCGUGGUGUUUCAGCUCCUCCGCCUGGGUCAAGGCACCGCGCUCGCUGGUGUCUUCCUCUCCUCCUAUAUCACUCGUCUGGAGGUGUGUGAUCCCCCUCACAGGCUCAUGGUGUCCAUGAUGAGUGGUUUCUUCUCUGUGUUUGCUGAGCUCAUGCUCCCGGGCCUGGCUUUGCUGUGCAGUGAGUGGCCUGUACUUCAGGCCGUGGCUACGGUGCCUCUACUGCUGCUGCUGUCAUACUGGUGCUGGCCCUCUGUGUUUCCCGAAUCUCCCCGCUGGCUUCUGGCCACAUCUCAGAUUCCUCAGGCCAAGAGAUGCCUACAGCUGUUCAGCACCCGAAACGGAAUGCGUAAGAGAGACGAGAUCUACCCAGCAGAGACUCUUCUGACAGAGAUAGAUGUGGCGUUCCCAGAAGACCCCCAGCCAAAGUACCACCACAUCUUUGAACUCCGUCACACCAGAGUUAUCUGGAGGAAUUGUCUCAUCCUGGCCUUUACUCUUUUCUUAGGCACAGGGAUCCAGUACUGUUUCACCCGGAACCUCCACAACUACUCACCACACUUCUACUUUGUGUAUUUCCUGCGCGCUCUGACGGGAGCCGUGGCUUGCGGCUUCCUGUGCGUCACGGUUGAUCGCGUGGGACGGAGAGGAAUUUUGCUGCUAGCUGCAAUCAUCACAGGCCUGUCCUCACUACUGCUGCUGGCCCUCACACAAUACCUGCGUGGAGGACUGGUGUUGGUGCUGUCAUUCGUAGGGCUUCUCUCCUCCCAGGCUCUGGCCAUGCUCAGUGUGUUCUUCGCCAGUGAAGUCAUGCCUACUGUCGUACGGGGUGGCACCCUAGGUCUGGUGAUGGCUGCCGGCAGCGUGGGCACAGCCGCUUCGUCACUGAUGGAGCUGCAGAACAACAGUGGCUACUUCCUGCACCACGUGGUGUUCGCCUCGUUCGCCGUUCUCUCCGUGAUCUGCAUCAUGCUGCUGCCCGAGAGCAAGCACAAGGCCCUGGCCGACUCUCUGAAGGACGGAGAGAGCCUGCGCCGGCCUCCGCUCUUCCUCUCCAGGAGAGGACGAGAUGAACUCCCACUGCUCCGCUGCCACCAUCCACCUUCUCAAUACAACCCGGAGAACUACUCGUGCCUGCUCAGCGCCACCAGGAAGAUGCUCACCCAGGACACAGUGCCGUACAGGAUCGCAGUGACAUCUCAGCUGCUGCUGCAGAGUAAUGGCACUUCACAGGGUGACCACGAUGUCUCAUAAUAGCAGUGGGUCAUAAUUUCACAAGAGUGACUUUUACGUGAAUUUUAGAUUUUAAAAUGUCCUUUUUUUCACCUACUGUUUCGCUUGACUCUCCGGCUGUCCACUAGGUGGAGCUGCUCAUGGCCAGGAUAUACUUGCGAUUUGAGAGUGGUGUGUGAAGUUACGUGUACUGAUACUGAUAGUACGGAAGCAUUGUUACUAUUAAUGCUUUUAUUGUCUUUAAUAUAGUGAAGUCAAAUUCCAGCUUGAUCAUGUUAGUAUACUGUAAGUUGUGAGAUGGAAAAAAGGAGAAAACAUGCUUACUUGCGCUCUCCAUUUAAAACUGUCCACAUCCCUUUUUUUUUUACCUUCAGAUUUUUGCUGUCUAAACAAAUAUCUAUCUAUAAACCUACAGGUAAGUACCCGUAUUGGGUUCCUGAAAUGCUCUCUGACCUUAAUACCGAUUCAUUUCUGUCAUAGUAUUAAGUCUCUAGUAAGCGCUUUAUCCUGGUCAGGGUCGUGGUGUAUCCAGAGCCUGUUCCAGGAACAGUGGCUGAAUAUCUGCGUUUACUGGACUGUUGUGUUUUCUUCGAGCCAUCAUACUUUUUGUUCCCCCUUAUAUUUUUCACUGUUCCAAUUUUUACUUGGUCUGAACGUAUUUAUGCUUCAGUGAAGUAAGCUGAGGAUCACAUGAGAGCUGCUCCUCAUUCACUUAGUUGGUCUCAUGGCUCUCAUUUAAACGUACCUUGUGACCUCGUACUUCUGUGAUUUUAUUUCAUCUAACUGACCUCACUGAAAGGUGCUCAUGCUGUAUUACAAACAACUCGGUGUUCAUGUCAGUUGAUCUGUAUUUCAGUCCUGUUGCUGUGGUCUGAAGUGGGGUAGUGUUAUUGUUAUGAAGUCAUCAGUGUAAAUCAGAUAAUGGUCACUUUGAUAAAUGUACACUGGGUAUGGUGUGUAUAUUAUUGCAGGGUCCCGGUGCACAGUGGCAUCAUGGGGUCAUCAUCUGUAGUGCUUCCGUAACAGACUCCAGCUAAAUAACUGAGAAUGACGAUCUCGGAUUGAAGUGAAAUUCAGUUCUUCUGUUUGUCGUAUUCAUGCACAAACCCAUUGCAUUGAUUCUUUCUCACUUUUAUUUAUUAUCGUUCCAAGAUGUGAACAGUAUGAUGAUUUUUUUUUUUUUACUUUCUUUUAUUUUUUGUAUCAGUCUGAUUUGCCAUGAAGCCAGUCUGGUGCAGCAUGGGAACUGCAUGCAAUUUUUUUUAAAAUUGUUUUUUAUUUUAUUUUUUAUUUGUAAUGUGUGUGUGUGUGUGCGCGUGCGUGUAUAAGAACUGCAAUAAAAUCCAUAUUUGUGUGCAGAUAAACUUGCAUCAGUUUCAGCUCCCAAAUAACUCGUUGCCAUUUUCCUGACUGUGCAAUAUUUUCUGUCUAAAAUUGUUUUAUGAAAUCUUACUCUACUGUCACAUUAACAGAUUACCCUGUCCUGCCUUUUAUAAAUGUAUUUUAAAAAGAAAAGAGAAAAAUUCAGUAAUAUAGUACAUACAGUCUGCAUUCCUACAUGUCUGUGUUUCAUUUAAGAUUCAUUUGCAUUUAUCCUAUUAACUGCUGGCGUCUGCUGACUUGACUACAUACUGUACAUGCUCUAGGUGCAGCAGUGCAGCGGAUCCUCCAUGUCAUACAGGCUCGAACACACAGCUGUCAAACAGCUGAGAUGCUGAAAAGAAGUUACUGCAAUAGUAAAAGCAUUGCCUAUAGAUACCAAAACAAAACCUUUUAAUAUAAAGCUCAUCUUACAGAGACAACUCGUACUAGUACUAGUAUAGAUCAUCCAUCCAUCCAUCCAUUUUCUGUACUGCUUAUCCCACACAGGGUCGCAGGGAGCCUGGGGCCUAUCCCGGGGAACUCGGGGGGACACCCUGGUCAGGGUGCCAAGCCAUCACAGGGCACAAUCGUGCUCACAUUCACACACUACGGACAAUUUGGAAAUGCCAAUCAGCCUACAGCAUGAGUCUUUUGGACUGGGGAAGGAAACUGGAGUACCCGGAAGAAACCCUCGAAGCCCGAGGAGAACAUUAAAACUCCACACACACACAGAGGGUGGAGGUGGGAAUCUAACCCCCAACCCCGGCAGCGUGAGGCAAAUGUGCUAGCCUCUACGUCAUAGUGUCCCCCUAGUAUACAGUAGAUAAUGAAUCCUAA